GCCCGUUUCCUGGAGCAGCUGCCCCCGGGGCUGUCCCGCCCGCGUCCUGGGGCUGCGGGUGGCCGUCGGGGCGCGCGGCGCUGCGGGCUGGGGUGGCAGCACCAGGGGGCGCAGGUGGCCGGCCGGGCCCUGCUCCAGGCGUGGCCGCCCCGCGGCUUCCGCCUGGACAGAGCUCUGGGCGCAGGCCCCGGCCCGGGCGCGUAGGGGCGACCUCUGCGGGGAUCCCCCGCGCACAUCCCGGACGUGUCCUCCGAGACGGUCCCCACGCGGGUCGGGGGGACAGCCAUGGCCCUGGACUGAGCACCCAGCCCGGCAUGGCCAGCCCCGCGACGGGGGCGGCGGGGGGCUCGGAGGGCCCCCGGGCAGCCGUGCUGGAGCAGGCCCAAGAGCUGUUUCUGCUCUGCGACAAGGAGGAAAAGGGCUUCAUCACGCAGCUCGACCUGCAGGGCCUGCAGAGUGACCUGCCCCUGACGCCGGAGCAGCUGGCCGCCGUGUUCCACAGUCUGGACCAGGCGGGCACGGGCUUCCUCACGGCCCGCGAGUUCUGCCUGGGCCUGGGGAGGUUUGUGGGGGCGGAGUUGGCCCAGGGCGUCCAGCCCUGCUGGGCUCCCGAAGAAACCUUUGAGACCGGCGGCUCUGAUGUGCCUGGCACAGAGGACUCCCUGGAGGAGGAGGAAGAGGAGGAGGAGAGGUUCUGCGCGGCGCUGGAGCAGCUGGGCGUGGCGCGGGUCCUGGGCGAGCAGCGGGCGGUGCGAGCGCUGUGGACGCGGCUGCAGCGCGAGCGACCCGAGCUGCUGGGCGCCUUCGAGGACGUCCUGACCCGCGCGUCGGCCUGCCUGCAGGAGGCGGCUCGGGAGCGCGACGGCCUGGAGCAGGCGCUGCGGCGGCGGGAGAGCGAGCACGAGCGGGAGGUGCGCGGCCUGUACGAGGAGCUGGAGCAGCAGCAGCGCGAGGAGCGCCCGCGGGGGCGGAGCCAGGACCGGCCCCGGGAGGAGCGGAGGGGUCGCCUGGAGCUGGAGCUGCACACGCGCGAGCAGGAGCUGGAACUCGCGGGCUUGCGGCAGCGGGAGCUGGAGCAGCAGCUGCAAGCCAGGGCGGCCGAGCAGCUGGAGACGCAGGCACAGAGCGCCCAGCUGUGGCUGGCCAACGAGGCACUGCGGAAGCAGCUGGAGGACGUCCAGGAGCAGCUCCGUCGGCUGGAGGGCCACGUGCAGGGUCGUCAGGAGCAAACCCAACGAGAGGUGGUGGCGGUGUCCAGGAACAUGCAGAAGGAGAAGCUGAGCCUGCUGCGGCAGCUGGAGCUGCUCAGGGAGCUGAACACCCGUCUGCGAGACGAGCGCGACGCUUGGGACGCCAAGCGACUGAGCAGCAGCUGCAGAAAGGCCCCGGCCGCAACUCGCCUGCCGGACCCCCCGUGCUGCUGCUGCUGCUGGGCUGGACCCCCGCGCCGGGGCUCCGGCCACUUUCCCAGCAUCCACUGAGCAGCCCCGGCUGAGCCACUCCUGGAGGACAGCAGCUGUGAAGGAACUCA